ACAGCGAGGAAAGUAUAAACUAACGGCGGUGGAAGUCACCGGCAUCGAGACUAAACGAACACCGACGAGAGCAACGACACAGCGGAGCAGAAACCUCUUCUUCUUCUCUCCUCUCUACAUUCUCAUCUUCUAACGACAGACACACAUUAAAAACAACCAGGAUGUCUGCAGCUAAAGGUGUAGCCAUCGGCAUCGACCUGGGCACCACCUACUCCUGCGUGGGUGUUUUCCAGCACGGAAAAGUAGAAAUCAUCGCCAACGACCAGGGCAACAGGACCACCCCCAGCUACGUGGCGUUCACUGACACCGAGAGGCUCAUCGGGGACGCAGCCAAGAACCAGGUGGCCUUGAACCCCAGCAACACCGUGUUCGACGCCAAGAGACUGAUUGGGAGGAAGAUUGACGAUUUGGUGGUGCAGGCGGACAUGAAGCACUGGCCCUUCAAGGUGGUCGGAGACGGAGGGAAACCCAAGAUUCAGGUGGAGCACAAAGGGGAGAACAAAACCUUCUACCCCGAGGAGAUCUCCUCCAUGGUCCUGGCCAAGAUGAAGGAGAUCUCUGAGGCCUACCUCGGCCAAAAGGUGUCCAACGCGGUGGUCACCGUCCCGGCGUACUUCAACGACUCCCAGAGACAGGCAACUAAAGACGCCGGCGUCAUCGCGGGACUGAACGUUCUGAGGAUCAUCAACGAGCCGACGGCGGCCGCCAUCGCGUACGGUCUGGACAAAGGCAAGUCGGGAGAACGUAACGUCCUGAUCUUUGACCUGGGCGGAGGCACCUUUGACGUGUCCAUCCUGACCAUCGAAGACGGCAUCUUUGAAGUCAAAGCCACGGCCGGAGACACUCACCUGGGUGGAGAGGACUUUGACAACCGCAUGGUGAACCACUUUGUGGAGGAGUUCAAGAGGAAACACAAGAAGGACAUCAGCCAGAACAAGAGGGCCUUGAGGAGGCUGCGCACAGCUUGUGAGAGGGCCAAGAGGACCCUGUCCUCCAGCUCCCAGGCCAGCAUCGAGAUCGAUUCUCUGUUUGAGGGCGUCGACUUCUACACCUCCGUCACCAGGGCUCGCUUUGAGGAGCUGUGCUCCGACCUGUAGGGAACUCUGGAGCCCGUGGAGAAGGCCCUGAGGGACGCCAAAAUGGACAAGGCUCAGAUCCAAGACAUCGUCCUGGUUGGAGGCUCCACCCGCAUCCCCAGAAUCCAGAAGCUCCUGCAGGAUUUCUUCAACGGCAGGGAGCUGAACAAGAGCAUCAACCCCGACGAGGCGGUGGCUUAUGGCGCCGCCGUCCAGGCCGCCAUUCUCAUGGGCGACACCUCGGGCAACGUCCAGGACCUGCUGCUGCUGGACGUGGCGCCUCUGUCCCUGGGCAUCGAGACGGCCGGAGGAGUCAUGACGUCUCUGAUUAAACGCAACACCACCAUCCCCACCAAACAAACCCAGGUCUUCACCACCUACGCUGACAACCAGCCCGGCGUCCUCAUCCAGGUCUACGAAGGGGAGCGAGCCCUGACCAAGGACAACAACCUGCUGGGCAAGUUUGCUCUAACGGGAAUCCCGCCAGCUCCACGAGGGGUCCCGCAGAUCGAGGUCACCUUCGACGUGGACGCCAACGGCAUCCUGAACGUGGCGGCGGUGGACAAGAGCACCGGCAAAGAGAACAAGAUCACCAUCACCAACGACAAGGGCCGACUGAGCAAAGAAGAGAUCGAGAGGAUGGUGCAGGACGCCGACAAAUACAAAGCCGAGGACGACCUUCAGAGGGACAGGAUCUCUGCCAAGAACUCCCUGGAGUCCUACGCCUUCAACGUGAAGAGCAGCAUGCAGGACGAGAAGCUGAGGGGCAAAAUGAGCGCAGAGGACGAGAAGAAGCUGACGGAGAAGUGUGAGGAGACCAUCGCCUGGCUGGAAAACAACCAGCUGGCUGAUAAAGAUGAGUACCAACACAAGCAGGAGGAGCUGGAGAAAGUGUGUAACCCCAUCAUCAGCAAGUUGUACCAGGGAGGAAGAGCUGCAGGCAGCUGUGGAGAGCAGGCACGAGCUGGCUCCCAGGGGCCCACCAUUGAGGAGGUGGACUAAGAUGGACCCUCCAUGUUGACUCUUUUAUCACUGGGACUGAUUGAAAGUAGACUGGAGCUUCAUAUCUCAUGUUCAUGUGUUUGUAUAAAUUAUGACCACUGUGUUGAAGAUUCUUUUUGAGUCUUAAUGUAUUUUUCUAAAUAUAAUUUUUUACUGUAAUCUUAAUUUCAUUGUUCUGGUUCAUAGCUUCAUUAUUGAGAGAAAUGUAAUGUAAACAAAAAAAAAAGUACUGAAUAAAACCU